AUGAAAGAUUAUUCGAAGCGCAUGUUCACCGCAUUAAAAAUUGCCCAGGAUGUACUUCGAACGUCGCUGGCCUCAGUGCUUCACUCAGACCAAUUUGAGAUUGUAGGCCUUAGCUUCACCGGUAACAGAAGCAGUCCCUCUACAGUUGCUGAGAAGGCACAAAUUUGUACCGGCAGUGUUAAUUGGCAUUUAUAA